UUCUAGUUAUAAUGUUAGUUCUGGUUUUACACUUGCACUGUCAGUAAAACUAACGAUUAGACCAAGAACGAGAAUCAUUCUGGUUUAGCCGUAUUGAGAGAUGUGCGGCUAAAUCCGAAUGUUUUAUUUACAUCCGAAACGUUAAACGUUAUUUUAAUGUAGAUAGGGAAACAAGAUUGUACCUAAAACCUUCAUAUCUCUGAGAAUUGAGUUACCCCGUCCUUUGAUGUAAAGCUAUCGCUCCUGGCAACCUACAAACUAUAGAUUUUGUUUGCUCUAUGUUUGAAUUUAUAACCAAGCGCUUAUCCCCUCAUCAUUCUAGCACCUAAAACCUUUGAGAAUAUCGAUAUGAUUAAAAAUAUCGUAUUAAAUUAUUACCGAUUUUAACAAUUUAUUAUUUAAUUACCAACAAGUAAUAAAAAAAAAUUGGCUAAUUGUUUUUCCCUAUGUAUUUACAUUUCGGAUAUGUUAAUGACCGAUUAGACAUAACAUAGUCUUUAUUUAAGAUAAUAACCAUAAUGAAAGAAUAAAAGAGCUAAACACAUAAAAGAUUAUAGGUCAUCACUAUAAUAAUUAAUGUACUAUUGAUUAGGAGUUCUUCUAUCGUGUAUGUAUAUAUUGACAUCCACGUGUAAUCUGUUAAAUACCAUUUUAGAUUAGAUAUUCCGGUUUUUGCUCAUUGUCUUGUCUCGGAAACCAUUGCAUGUGUAUCGACGUAAUUGUGGUUUUCGCAAACUUCUGUAUAAUUAUCUGUUUCGUCUAAAUUAUUUUUUUUUGGUUUUCUUAGUUAUUAUAUCUUACGUAAAGCAGAAGUCGAUUUAUAUAAAAGUUGGAUUGAUGUCAUGUUCAUAUAGUGUUAAAAGAUUUAUUCGUUAAGUUGUUUCAAAAAAAGUGUUAUAAAAAAAUGGAAGAACUUCGUCAUCUUUUAGAAUUAGUUAUAUACAAAGAAUCAAUUCAAGAUCCCGAGAUCGAUAUUUUGGAAAAGAACGAUAAAGGUGAAGGUUAUUUAGGUGUUGUUACCCCUGUUGUUUUAAGGGGUACUAAUAAAAUUUUGAAAGUAAUCGUAAAAACAGCACCUAUUGGGGAAGAAAUAAGAAAACACGCACCACUAAGAAAUUGUUAUAUAACAGAAAUAAAUUUUUACACCAAAAUUUAUCCGCUAUUAAGAAAAUUCCAAUUAGAUCGUGGCGAUGUAAAACCAUUUAUUAAUAUAGCAAAAUGUUACGGGUAUAGUUUAAAGAAUAACGGCGAAGGUAUCGUGAUGGAAAAUUUAAAAGAAGCUGGAUUUUCAGUUUGCGAACGACGAAGAACAAUGUCGAAACAACACAUUAAACUUGCUUUAGAAGAAUUUUCGCAUCUUCACGCUUUGAGUUAUGCGUUAAAAGAGUACCAUCCAAAAGUUUUUAACGAAAUCGUUGCGCCAAUGACGGAUAAUUUUUUGACUUUUUUGAGAAACGCUGAUUUUAAAUCCGUUUUUGAUCGUAUUUUAGAUAGAAUUAUUGAUUGCCCUAAAAUAAAAUUUAAUGGAAACGUUGUAAAUGCAUUGACUAAAUUUCGUGGAAAUUACAUGGAGUUUUUUGAAGAAAUGAGCAUGGGAGUUGGGAAUAAGUAUUCUGUUAUUACCCAUGGUGAUUGUUGGACUAAUAAUAUGAUGUUCAAAUAUGAUGAUGUUAAUAAUCCAUUUAUACCAACAUCAAUGCGUUUGAUCGAUUGGCAACUUCAAAAAGUUGGUUCUCCCGCCGAAGACAUCUCUUAUUUCCUUUACGCUUGUUCUGAUAAAUCGGUUUUUAAUAAUCUGGACGAUUGGUUAAGGGUUUACCACAACAGUUUGAUGGCUCAACUAACAAAAUUGGGUUGCGCCAGCAUAAACCAUUUGAGUUUUCACGAAUUGAAAUCUCAAUACGAAAAAUACGCAAAAUACGGAUUUUUGUUUUCCUGUAUGGUUAUUAAAUUAAUGUUGAGCGAUGCCGAUGAAGUUCCCGAUUUGUCUGAUAUUAACAAAGAGGGAAAUAGUAUUAUGAAGAGUUUCGAUUUCGAUUCGAAAAACGAGGAUGUUUAUAUUUCUAGAGUUGUUGAUUUAGCCAUACACGCUUAUAAUUUUAAAAUUAUUUAAGUAACUAAAUAAAUUAAUUUUGAAUUUUUAGGGAAAAUAGAAUAUGAUUUGUGUUAAUACGGAAAAAUGUUUUUUCUCAUUAAUGUUAUUUGGUAGUAUGGAUUAAUCAUAAAUUAGAAUAAAACCAGUAAUGUGA